AGAAAUGAUACGUAAGAGAUUUACCUUGCCAUGAUGAGUCGUCUCAUUCUUUUCGCUAUAACAUUUAACUAACUUUCUCGACCUCCUAGAAAGAUAGAUCGUUUUUUCGCGACUUUGCAGACUUAAACAUUUUUAUUCUAUUUCAUGUUAAUUAUACGUAAACGUUUCGCGACCUUGCCGUUUAUGAGACUCUACUAUAGUUUAUACACCGAUAUUUUACGAUUUUUCAAGGAAAUUGUACGCAUUCGAAGGACAAGACAAUGUUCUUAUUCGUUCUACUAAUUCUUAUAUCUCAUUCUCAUGCUAUUGAGCCUUUCAAAUUUUCUAUUUGGAAAAAAAACGAUAUUCUAGUGAAACUCCUCGUUGAUUCGACCUUUCAUUUAUUUCCACCAUCGAGAAUAUCUGCUAGUUUGUGUUUUCCCAAAGAUGAUAUGAUCGGCUUAUCGAAGGAAAUGUCGAAGAAACAUUUGUCACAUGAUAUCCAAAAUAUCUACAAUCAUCAAUUAGAUCCUCAAAUUUACGAUAAUUUAGAACAUAGAAAUUUGUACGUCAUCGAUCUCGAUUGCGAUUAUGCGAUUGACAUCUUAAAAGAGGCUGAUUCCAAGAGAAUGUUCGUUGCUCCUGCAAAAUGGUUGCUUUUACAAGAUUCCAGAACAAUCUCUUCAAAUUCGAAUGAUCUUCAAUUGAUAAGAACAAUAUUUCAAAAUCUUACUGCUUAUCCUGACAGUGACGUUGUUCUAGCACGGAUGAUUCAAAAUGAUUUUGUCCAAUUACUUUCAAUAUAUCGUCCUAGUCCAUAUCGAAAUGUCAUUUUCGAGGAUCGUGGUAACUGGUCCUUGACACGUGGAAUUCUUAUGGACAAUUAUCACGUUGCAUCUCGUAGACGAAAAAAUCUUCAACUUACUCCACUCAAAUCCUGUCUUGUGAUGACAAAUCCAAACACGAUCAAUCAUUUAACUGAUUAUCACGAUAAACAUAUAGAUCCAGUUACGAAGGCUGGUUAUCCAUGGGUUUUUCAUCUGGUAAAUCGAAUGAAUGCAACAGUUACUUUUAAUAUAGCAAAUUCAUGGGGCUAUCGUAAUGAAAAUGGAUCGUGGAAUGGCAUGACCGGCAUGUUGCAACGUCGGGAAAUUGAUUUUGGAGGAACUGCUACAUUUUUUGUUAAAGAACGAAUAGGAAUAGUUAAAUAUAUACAACUUUACACGCAUACUGGAUCACGUUUUGUGUUUCGACAACCAUUACUUUCAACAGUAAGCAAUAUAUUUGUCCUGCCUUUUCAUCGUUCAGUUUGGAUAGCUAUCGCUGUUUUGAUUAUUCUUGUUACUAUUUUACUCUUUAUAUCUAUGAAAUGGGAGUAUCAUUGCGGAGCUUCAGCUAAGUCUGCAAUGUAUUGGAAACAGAUGAAUCCUGGUGAGCCAACCGUUGGCGAUGAUAUUUUAGUUAUUCUAGGAGCAUUUUUUCAACAAGGAUAUUCUUAUGAACCGUAUCAAGUUCCUUCACGUAUAGUAACUUUAAUGUUAUUGAUAGCUGCAUUGAGUCUUUAUGCUUCUUACACAGCAAAUAUCGUUGCAUUGCUUCAAUCGACGACUAAUUCUAUUCAAACUAUUACUGAUCUUUAUAAUAGCCCAUUAAAACUAGGCGCGCAGGAUGUUAUAUAUAAUAGAUAUUAUUUUAAAUCUUUUAAUGAUCCAAUAAGAAGAGCAGUAAUAGAUGAAAAGAUUGAGCCACGAGGUAAAAAAUCUUCUUGGAUGCCUAUCGAACAAGGUGUUAAAAAAAUUAGAGAAGAGCUCUUUGCUUUUCAUGGUGAAGUUGGUACCAUUUAUAAAAUAAUGCAAGAUACUUUUCAAGAAGAAGAAAAAUGUGGUUUAACUAAUAUCGACUUUUUGAAUGUACUUUAUCCACUUUUCAUCAUUCAGACACAGUCUCCGUAUUUGGAAAUUUUAAAAAAUAGUGCUUUAAUUUUACGAGAAAGCGGUUUAAAAUAUAGAGAAGAGAAACGAUUAUACACAAGCAAGCCUUUAUGUCAUGGUCACAUGAGUUUCAUUAGCAUAGGUUUUACCGAAUGCUACUUUGCAUUGGUUGCAAUGGGAUAUGGCAUAAUACUUACUCUUUUUGUACUAGUUAUGGAACUUCUUUGGCAUAGAAUGCAAAAGUCUACAAUUAAAGAUGUUACCGAAGAUAUAGAGGCAAUUGACGAUGUCAGCGAAAUCUUUUCACCAUAGUUGAAAAAGUAUUGCCUGUAUUUUCUUUCGAAUACAGUAUAAUUUGGUAUUUAGUGUUCUAACUAUAGUAAUAUAUAAACAAAAUUAUAUUAUA